AUGCAGCACAUGUCGGCGUGGCGCUCGGGCAACACAAGCAAAUCCGGCGAUGAGGGAGAGCCCGCGCCUCUUCCGUCGACCCCGGUCUCACCGAGGGCCCUUGCUUUGACCGUGAAGCUUGACGUCAUCGGUAUCCCGUUGGCUGACUCAACAAUGUCAGGAACCGAGCGAAUCGCGCGCUGCGAGACAAGAAAGUAUGUGGCGUCGCCGGAAAGGCGCUCGGAUGCGACAAUGGCGCGCGCUAGUGCGAGUGUUGCAACUCACUCAUGA